UGCUAAACAAAUCAAGCUGAUUCAAUCAAACCAACACAAGUAUCCAAUCCAAAGUAAUCCAAACCCAGUUAAAUAUAUAGCCUCCAAUAAAAUAAAUAAUUAGGUGCUAAUUAAUUAUGCAUAAAUAUCGGCAGAUUCACUACACAACUUGACAAUUGGGACAAUUGAGCUCAGGCCAUAGGCAAAGCCACUAUAUGACAAGGAUGUAGAUACUGGGCGACGGAAACGACUACGGUCAAUACUGCCACCAAUUUGAGCAUCUUAUUCACGUAACAUGUCAGAUAGGAACGCAAGAGACGACGACGGUCAACGGCCCCUGGCAGUAGCGGCAGAACGAAAUGUUAACAAGAAGCAUUUUAAUUCUACUGCAAACCUGAGUUACUGGUCCAAGAUAUUGGCAUAUGUUUUAAAAACGGGUAAUGGAGCUGAUCUUGUUCUCAUCGCACGCGAAGGAGACAAAGAGAUACGAGUACCUGUUGCUUCUACUCUGAUCGCCCUAAGAUCUGACGGGUUGGCGAGGAUUGUCGAUGGUUUGCCUCCCACUGCAACCGAGGUGCUUUUACCCGACGUGACCCCUGGGAUUUUAAGUCAUGCAUUGCACUUUAUUAUGGUUGGUGACCUGAAGAAAGGAAUUAGUGAAAGCAACAUAUUUGGGUUGUUGAAUUUUCAUCAACAUUAUCCCACUAGCGAUCUAUUCAACACUUGCCGAUCAACUUUGAAGAAACGAUUGAAAGUACCCAAUGCUAUUAGGAUCUGGAGGAAGGCCGUUGAAUAUAACAUAGCGGACUUGGUGGAAGCGUCGCUGCGUUAUAUUUUUAGAAACUCCGGAUCUAUUUUGGCAACGGAUGACUUCUUCAACAUUACAAAUGCCGAGUUGCUGAAACUCUUGGAAAGCGAUAAUCUCAAUUCCUCAGAAAUCGACAUUUUUAAUUCCGUAUUGAGGUGGGGAACGUACCAACUUCAAAGGAAUCUAGAAGACAUCCCACAGGGUCAGUCACAGCCUGUUCCUAAUGCUGCACAACUUCGGGAAAUAAUAAACCCAUUAAUCUCAUUAGUACGAUUUCCGUUGAUGACCUCUGAAGAAAUCGCACAAGUUGUUAAACCAUCACAGAUUCUGACCAAUGAAGAACGACUUGAAAUUUAUGAUUACAUUUCUGCCUCGGAUACUGCGAAACCCACAAUUUCCUUUAACACAAAUCAAAGAGUCUAUCGUUCGCCGGUGCUGGCCACAACUUUACAAAACCUAUCAACUCAUAAUAUGGAUAUUAGCGAUCAAGCCCUUGAUGCCACUGCUACCACAACACCCAAUGGCAUCCUGAUCAUUCCAAUCUCACAUAUUGAUACACAAGCUCAGACUAAUGCAACAGCAACUAUCCGUACUGCAAGAGCUGAAGUUCAAGAUUCUACAGUCGGAAACAAUGUGGGAGAUACAACAUUGUCAAUUUUCCAUUCCAUGACUCACACAUUUGCAUCCAAACAAAGGCACACACACACUGUUCAGAAUGCAAACGUACAAACCGCUUCUACACACUCAGCAGAUCCGCACUUGUCGUCUGAAGAAUUGCACCGAAAACUUGAGCGAGCACCUAGCGCAGAUACUUUGGAUUCUACCGCAAGUUUAUUUUACGAUAAAAGUAAUUGUGUAUAUCAGUCAUGGGAGAACUUUGUACACCAUUUGGCGGAUAAUGACGAACAAGCUCUGGAUUCUACGUUCAAAAUCAGAUUAAAGGAUGUGACGUUGAGUAAUAAUCACGAUUAUCCCACAGUGGUGCUCAAAAACCUCAAAACAAUUAUACUGGAUCUGAACUUGCCAUAUAAUAUUGGCACUGGUGGAAGGAAAGCAUAUGAACGCGAGCUUCUAAGAUUCGAAAAGUCCUUUGACAUUAAGAGAUAUUUGUUUUAUCGGAAAAGUUCCCAAUAUUUAAACAAGGAAAUCAACUUGGAAGAAUUGUGGGACAAUGUUCAAAGAAGUAAAAUGUCAAUCAAAAUUAUCAUUAAUGGCGUAACAAUGCUCCGAAUGAACGAAAAUAAUAAGGAAAUUGCUAUUGGAUUCCGGAACGACUCGGACCUAAUUUUGUCGGGUGUAUGGAGCGGAAUAUUGAAAUUAAGCCUCAUGAAAACCGACGUUCCUAACUUUUCAAGAUUUCCGUGCAAGAAUUUAAAGGAACUCCUGUUUUAUAACGUUUGGGCAUUGUCAUCAACUGACGUCAAAGAAUUUGUCAGAAAGUGCUCAUCGCUUCAGUCGUUUUGUUGCUGGGUUGUAUGCCCUUGGUGGGAAAACAUGAAGAAAAGUGCGUGCAACAAUGCUCCACCUCCACAUAGUCCAACGGAAUUGGAUAUGAAGACUGACUUGGUUUCUAAAAAUCUGAAACACUUGGCUUUGUACAAGGUAGUAUUGACAGUGCCCCCGAAAACUGUGAAACCCCAUUUGACUGACUUAUUUUUGGAUACCUGUUUCUGGCCUGCCAACUUUGGGAAUAAUUUCGGGACAAUAUUUCCAAAUUUGAGACGAUGUGCUCUUAUAUACAAGGAUGAGCAUCACCGGGUUCGUCAAGACUUCAAGUCAGCUAUCACCGUCAGAAUGGUCCAUAAUCUUAUCCAUCUUAACCACAUUGAGUGGAUCCGGAUUUUUGGAUUGGAUUGGAAUGAACGAUAUUUAGCAGAACAGAAAGUCACGGCAAAAUUAUUGCGGAGCAGCAUCAUUCCAAUCGACGAGACGGAAGUCGUUGAAGUGAGAAAUAUUUUGGUAGGAUGUAAUAUUCAUGACGAUGCAAAGAACUUCAUUCUUGAAAGAAACCUGACAACAGCAGCAGAUUCUCAAUAUAUUUGGUCAGGACUACAGUUAAAUGAGAGAGAGCCAACAGAAAACGACAACGGGUAUUGGGAUUUCAUGGACCAGCUUGAUUACGGCUACUAUAAGCUAGAUAAUUUCUUUAAGAGUCAUCAAGUAUUCCAAAAUAAUUUUGUUUCUAAUUUGGGACUGCCCUAAUAGUUUUCUGAUUUUCUACUGUCGGGAAAGAAAUCGGUUGUCUAAGGUUCCUAAAUAUUUUAGCGUUUUUCCGUGGAGCGUAUUGUGUGGUUUGUGUUUGCAUAGGAAUCUUGGGGUUGUAUCAGUUUAUCAUCAAUUAUUAUUUUUGUUACUACUGCAGAUUAGACUGCAAGAUGUAUCUAAAACCUUGACUGUGCUAGUUCAUAACUUGUGAUAUUACUAAUUAACUUUGACAUGAUACUAUUAUCAAUAUAGCAGUAUUAACUACUAAUGCAUAGAAAAUAUUAUUUUCUAGUUUUCUACUAAUUUUUCUACCAAUUACGUGAUUAUUAGUUUAGCUUUUGGAUUUCUUCUAGAGGUGGAAGAGAUUUUUAUCGUACAAAAUACACGAUUGUUAAGAUUCAAUUUGCGCAUACCAUCUUCCAUAAGAAAUUGAAAGUUUAUUAAUAGGACGUCAUUUACAUAAAAUGGAUUUUGUAUUCUAUCCAUGAAAUAAAAUGAAUAUUUACUACAAA